GUCCUAUUCACACAAACAUGAAGUCGUUCUCACCACGUCUUAUCGUGAACGUCCUUGAAUCCUUGUAAAAGCAGGGACUCCACAUCUGUCAUGGACGAGAAGUCCUUCCACGUCGACGAUACAUCAGUGCAAUGGGCCAUUCCAGUUCCCGUUACACACCAACCAGCUGUUACCUCUCCCUACAAGAAAUGGGGGCGUCGUCUUGCUCUCUUACUCACUUUUAUGUUCACAGUCCAUUUUUUGAGUGACGUUAAGCGUCCUCGCCAUCAUGAACACGAGGGACAAGAUUAUGGGAUGCUGAAUGCGCUGAUGCGCCAUGCUCCAAAGAAAGGUAGUGUUCUGAGAGGCAAGAAAGCGGAGCAACUGUUCUUGUCUGUACCAGAUACAGACAGUGCCAUCACCACAUCCCGAGUGUAUGCGGACAAGCCCCAUAUGGCCGGGAGCGAAGGUGAUUUUGACACUGCGAAAUAUUUCCUUGCGCACCUACAGGAAGAACUUCAAAUUGAUCGCUCAUCUUCCGACAUCCCACUAUACUCGGCCGGUUCCCGUGAAUCUCGCGAGGCAACGUUAUCAAUUUCAUCCCUCGACGAACCAAAGGCUUGGGUUGACACUUAUUACCCUAUCCUGAACAGCCCUUUGGAUCGUAGCCUGGAGAUUCUCGGAGAUGACGGGAACGCUGUCUGGUCUGCUCAGCUCGAAGAGGUCGCUGAUGAAACUGAUCCUUACGCCUUCAAGUCCGCGAAUGCCGUCCCGACGUGGCAUGGCAUUAGCAGAGGGGGACAGGCUGAAGGGAAGCUGAUUCAUGCACAUUAUGGAAGAAAACAGGAUUUCGACGCGCUCGUAGAAGCUGGUGUUGACUUCAGCGGAAAGAUCGUCCUCACUCGCUACGGUGGUAACUUCAGGGGUCUAAAGGUCAAACGAGCUCAGGAGCUUGGUGCUGCCGCUGUUCUGGUUUACUCAGACCCUCAUGACGAUGGCACAGUGACAGUUGAAAAUGGAUAUGUUCCCUACCCACACGGGCCUGCACGCAACCCAACCUCCGUGCAACGCGGUUCCGUGCAAUUCUUGUCGCUAUAUCCCGGAGAUCCCUCAACCCCUGGGUACCCCUCGUAUGAAAACAGCACGAGAGUUGAAGGAGGAAGCAAACCGACCAUCCCGAGUUUGCCAAUUUCUUGGGCCAAUGCCGAAGUCCUUCUGAAACACUUGGAGGACGGCCACGAAGGCCCAACUGUUCGUCUUGUGAACAACGUGGAUGAAAAGGUUACCCCCAUCUGGAACGUGAUGGGUGUUAUUCCCGGCCACGUCAAGAGCGAGGUAGUUGUGAUAGGUGCCCACCGAGAUGCUUGGGUCACGGGAGCCAGUGAUCCAAUCUCAGGCACUGUGUCUCUUUCAGAGGUAAUUCGUGGCUUUGGGGUCCUAUUAAAGGAAGGAUGGAAGCCCCUGAGGACGAUUCUUAUUACAAGCUGGGAUGGUGAAGAAUUUGGGUUGAUUGGCAGCACAGAAUGGGGCGAAGAUUUCUCGGAGUGGAUCAAGAACCAUGUUGUGGCUUACGUUAACAUGGACACUUCUGCAUCAGGCUCCCGUUUCAAGGCUUCAGGAUCUCCCUUGCUUGCGCAUCUCUUUCGUGAAACGGCGGAGCAGAUUCCCCACCCUACCUCUGAGGAACGAAGCCUUUGGGAUGCUCGCGGAGAUUCUGGAACGCUUUUCGGCGAGCAUACGAAUGCCGAAAUUGCUGCGAUGCAUAAAAAUAAACGUUUGACAGCUGAUAGUAUCGGAGUGAGUCCCUUGGGAUCUGGGAGUGAUUAUACCGUCUUCUUGCAAUACCAUGGUGUACCGAGUACUGACAAUGGAUUCACCUCGACGCGACACGAUCCUGUGUAUCACUACCACUCGAUUUUUGACUCUCAGUAUUGGCAAGAGCUAUACGGUGAUCCUGGUUUCUCUCGUCAUGUUGCUAUUGCCAAACAUACUGGCCUACAAGUGCUUCGUCUAUCUGGCGACAUUAUUUUACCGCUCAACACUACCCAUUACUCCAUUGAGUUGGAAUCAUACCUCGACAAGGUUGCUUCUAUUGCAGCCGCUGGCUCAUAUGACGUCGAUCUGUCUCCUCUCCGAGACUCCCUUCACGCUUUGCAGAGUGCCAGUUUAGAGCUGGACUCUGCAAAGACCAAAGCGGAGCGUAAACUCCGUAAGAUCCUCAAGCAAAUGAAAAAGAAGCAUGCUAUCCGCCACAAGAUUCGUCGCAAGAUUCACAAGGCUAGCUGCAAACUCAAGAAGGUAUUUGGAAAGCACCAGUGCGAAUCGAAAGACAAGCACGAAGACAUGGAGAGGCAACACUCUCAUAGACCACCCAGUCGACACCUUGUCAAAGCUAUUCAACGUGUGCAAGCUGUGAAUAAACGAUUGAUCGCUUUUGAACGUAGCUUCAUUUCGAAGGACGGCAUUAAAGAUCGUGAGUGGUACAAGCACUUGGGCGUAGCUCCUGGCAAGUGGUCAGGCUAUGGCGCCACCACUUUCCCGGGGAUCACUGAGGCACUUACCAUGGACAAAAAUGCAACCGCUGCUGCCUACGAAGCGGGGAGAUUGAAAGUGCUGAUCGAUAACCUUCUUGAUACUAUUCGCCUGUGAAUAUAGAUCAUCAUCAGAAAUCCGAGUCCUAUGUACUAUAUAUGACCAGGCAUAGGAUCUGUGAUAUUCUGCAAGCUCCCUCGAUCCUUGUGUUCAUUAGAGCAUCUUAACAACUGUUUGAACUAGCACUUGUAUAAAGUCGCUACUCUGAGAA